AUGUUUACACCUUUGUGUAUUGUGAUUAUUGUUAUCGCCUCCAUUUACCAGUUCUCUUGCUCUGUCGCACAAUGCAAUAACCACGGUGGCUUUACUGUUGAUCUCAUCCACCGUGAUUCACCACUCUCUCCAUUUUACAAUCCUUCCCAAUCACCUUCGGAGCGGCUGCAGAAUGCUGUUCGUCGGUCAAUAAUCCAUGCCAAUCGGUUCAAGUCGUCUGCGCUCUCUCCCAACACUGUUCAGUCAUCCAUUACAGUCAACAAGGGAGAGUAUCACAUGAAAAUAGCACUCGGUACUCCACCUGUACAAAUCCUCGCCCUUGCUGACACCGGUAGCGACCUCAUAUGGACACAGUGUAAUCCUUGUUACGGCUGCUACCAACAAAGAGCUCCGCUCUUUGAUCCCCAGAGCUCGUCCACGUAUAGGGACUUGUCGUGUUCAUCAGAACGCUGUGAAGUGCUACGUUUCAGGACCUGCAGCUCAUCAGACGUCUGCCAGUACUCCUAUCAAUACGACGACCAAUCCUACACCAAUGGAAAUCUGGCUACUGACACAAUCACCAUGGAGUCCUCUACCUGCGGCGAGACUGUUGCCUUCCCUGAGGUGGUAUUCGGGUGUGGGCACAACAACAGUGGCACGUUCGAAGAAGAUGGCUCUGGUGUCAUUGGUCUUGGCAGAGGCUCCAUGUCGCUGGUUUCCCAACUGGGUUCAUCAAUUGAUGGGAAAUUCUCCUACUGCUUGGUGCCAACAUCUGCAGAGAAUCAGUCCAGCAAGAUGAGCUUUGGUUGUGAUGCUGUCGUUUCAGGUGAAGGGGUGGUUUCAACUCCUAUGCUUUUCAAAUCCACUGAUAGAUUAUACUAUCUCAGACUCGAAGGCAUUAGUGUUGGAGACUGCAAGUUGGAAUACAAAUCUCAUUCACCAUCGGAUGACAGCGACGAGAAUGAAGGAAACAUCGUCAUCGACUCUGGCACACCUCUAACCUUCCUCCCACCUGAGUUCUAUCCUCAGCUAGAAUCGGCUUUGAAGGCAGCAAUUAAUCAAGAGCCUGUUAGUGGCCAUCAUGGGUCUCUCCGGUUAUGCUAUAGGAAGACAACUGAUCUUGUUUUGCCAAACAUCACCGUUCAUUUUACUGGCGCCGACGUGGUGCUGACUCCGUUGAAUACCUUCAUUGAUUGGGAAGAUGAUAUCGUCUGCUUGGCCAUGCUUCCUUAUGAUGACCCUGGUCUUGGCAUCUUUGGCACUUUUUCUCAAGUGAACUUCUUGGUUGGCUAUGACAUUACAAACCAGAAGCUGUCUUUCAAGCCAACAGACUGUACCAAGCUGCAGUAA